AUGACCUCAGCAGGCUCCAGCCUCCCUCCUCUCGGCACCGCCGGGCUCGUCCCUGGGGCGGCGGGGACGGCGGCGGGGUCCCGCGGGCCGAGACGUGUCCCGAGCUCCGGCCCCGAGCUCUCUGCAGAGGCCGAAUCAGCGGCCACCUGGGGCGGCCGGGGCGCCCCAGCAUCUCCUCAGCUCCCAACCAGCCUGAGACCCUCCCUGGAUGGGGCGCAAGACCAGACCCUCCCCCGUCCCUCCCCAAAAGGAGAUUCCCGCAUUGGCCGAACAACUUGCAGGAACCGUCACGCCUGGAUAUUUGGAGCAGAAAUCCUUAUUUCAAAAGAGUCUGUCCCAUUGGGAGACCAAAGUUCUGAUGUGUAA